AUGUCCGUACAUUAUAAACAUCGACAACGAACAUCAUUGGAUAGUUCCGAAGAGAUGGAUCACUCUGCGUUCAAUCUCAAUCAUAAAACCCUCAAGAAAUUACUUUUAAAUUAUGGAGAAUAUCCCUCAAAAUAUCGAAUGCUUAUUUGGAGAUACAUGUUGGAGCUUCCCGAAAAUAAGGACCACUUUGAAGUGUUGUAUUCGAAAGGUAUUCAUUUCACGCAGUACAGUCUUCAUAAACGAUAUCCGAUUAGUAACUCUUCAAUCUUUCGAAAAAUACAACGAAUUAUUUCUGCACUGGCAAAUUUAUCACCAAUAUUUGGAACUGUGGAUUAUUUACCUGAAGUGUUAUUUCCAUUCCUCAAAGUGUUUAAUCAAAGUAGUUGUUCAGUUUUUGAAAUUGUUUCUACCUUUUUUGCUAAUUGGGGAAAGGAAUGGUUUGAAUUUUUCCCAAAUGCACCUGUCACAGUGAUGAACUAUGUGGCUUCUCUUUUACAAAUCAGUGACAAUGAAUUACUGGAACAUUUUGUGUCCGUUGGAUUGUCUCCAGAGAUUUAUGUUUGGUCAUUGUUAAAAAGCGUAUUUACAGAAGUAUUUUCAACAGACAUGUGGCUUAAAGCAUUUGAUCACAUCUUUUCAAUGCCUCCUUCAUUUAUGUUUUACUUUAUUUGCGCUUAUUUGAGUUACUUUAGAAAAACGUUCUUUCAACUCAAGACUUGUCAAGAUUUAGAAGAUUUCUUCCACACCAUUCACGCUUGUGAUUUGGACAAGAUUUUACACUCUGCCUAUGACAUGCAUCAUUCAACGUUUCAAUCUUCUGUACAAAGAGCAAUUACUUCUUCGUAUGGAGUGUUCUCACCUCUUCAAAAAGGUCAAUACGUUCUUGGAUUAAGAUUUCCAAAGCAUUCUGUAGAUUUUCAAAUGAAACAACGAGAAAAAAUUGCUCGAAGCGAAGAAGAAAUUGACAUUGCUAGAACUAAUUAUGAAUCUUUAAAGAAACAUAACACAGAGUUUGAAAUUGAGCACAGGAAUUGGCUCAUUCGUCAACGAGCAAUUUUGGAAGCCAGUAGAGAUCGACAACAACUCGCAGAUCAGAUCGAACGAGAACUGUUAGAAGAGAAAGAAAGAGUGAGACAAUUAGAGCUUCAAGAACGUCUCAAAAACAUUGAGUUUCUUCAAGAACGAAGGAAAAUUCUUGGACAAAUUCAAGAAGCAGAAGCAAAUAUAUUGUCACAAGCUGCAGAUCAAAGGUUGCACUCCGCUCGUCAAGAUACUUUCAGUGACAUGAAGCACAUGACUAGAAACAUGCAUCUCAACGAAGUUGAAAAGAUGGAGGAAAGUAAACGAAUGGAUUACCACUUCUUUGUCGAACAGAAUCCUCCAGAACAAUACACUCCACAACCUGCUGCAGCAGGAAUUGCUGAAAUGCAUCCUCGACAUUCGAUUGCUUCGGAAAUGUAUCAAACUCCUCAGGCACCUACAGUAUCUGUUGAUUCUCCUCAUAUUUCAAAAGCUACAAUAUUAGAAUGCAAUCCACCCAUCCAAGCUUCUGACUUAGGCCCCAACAAUAAUUCGAUGCAAAUACCGUUGACGGUCACACCUCCUACAACAACGUUGAAUCUUGCAACAGCUACGAAUGAAAGUGUUGAACGGGACACGAUACAAACACAACCAAAUGCUGUACCAAGUAGUCCUAUAACAGCGAGACAAGAUUCCCAACUUAGUUUUGCUGAAGGUCUGAAUGUUCACAUGUUGGGUAAGGAAAUUACCAGUCUACAACAAGAACUCGAUUCUCUCCAUGAAGCUGUGGGAGGAACAAGUGAUAUUAACAAGAAAGAAAGUAACUUGAUUGUCAACAAAGAACCUCCAAAAGAAGAAUCAACAAAACGAGUUAAAAAAGUGAAAAAGGAGAAAAAGAAACAAAAGAAAGAAAAGGAUUCCUCUUCUCAAAAGAAAAAAACAAACACCAAAUCAGAAUCUCCAUCACAACCUCACCUAGUUUCCAACAAGUCAUCUGAAGCAUCGACAAGGAAAAAGCAAGUAGUACCAUCUGUGGAAAAGAAAAAAUCCAACGCUCCAACCUCAGAGAUGAGUGUUCAAACGGAACGAGCAAGUAAUACUCAUUCGAAAUCCACGAAUGGUAAGAGUCAUGAUGAUGAUUCAUCCAAAAAAACAAAAUGCAAGAAUAGUUCUGAAAUUGAAAUUUCCGCCAUGAGUGAAAUUAGUUCACAAAACUCUUCACACCAUGACGAACAUGAAGAACAAUUUUCAGAAAUUAGAAAAUCUCUCUCUCAACAACGAUCUCAACUUGAAAGAUCUGAAGGAGCCAUGCAACAUAUUGAGAAUCUUGCAUCGUACAUUUCACAGCAAACGAAAUCUGCGUCCAGAACGGCGAACAGUGCUUCCAAUAUUUCUAAAAGUGUCUCAUCAUCUUCCAUUUCAUUGGAUACUUCGAAUACAAGUCAGGUCUAUUCAAGAUUUGAUUAUUUGGAGAAAGUCGAUCAACGAGUGAAUCAUUUGAUUCAAAAGAAAUUUCAAGAAUUUAUUUCCAAACGAGAGGAAUCGAAUAGUAAGAAAGAAUCGACUAACGCUUGCUCUUCUCCAGGUAGUUUAGGAUCAGAGAUGAGUAGAAACAAAACAAUCAGUCAUCUCUCUCCAAGUACAAGAUCAAAACGCGAAAUACCUUCCAGUCACUCAACGACUAUAAAGGAUGAACGAAAGGAGGGCACAACAAACACUCAAUUACCACCAACGUAUUACGUGGUAGAGGAGAAGAAUUUGAGUUAUCCAACGACGAACACAACCAUGGCAACCUCGAAGGCUAUGGGAUCGUCCUGUAAUUCAUCUAGUGUAAACUCUUCUGCGGCAGGAAAUGGUUCUUCCUUCCUAUUGAAUGCAACAGCAGAACCAUAUUCUUCUGAUUCGUCCUCUAUUACUUCAAAUAAGCGAGUGAAUGGAGUUAGAAAUCGAGGUAAUAUUUCUUCAACCAUUAAUCCUCACUUUGAAAAUGGUAACCUCAAGUUUAUGAGUUCGCCUUCUCAAAGAUCGGACAAUGAUUCCUCAUCGGAUGUGAAUUCUCUGUUGAGACACAGUAGUGAUUUUGAAACGAUUGGAUCCAAACGAGUGAAUGCUUCCUCUCAACCCUCAUCCGAGAGCAGCAAUUCGUUGAAUGCCUCUUUGAUGAGCCAAAAUUUUUCAAAGCCAACUCCUUUACUAGAAGAACGAAGUGACACAGAUUCCAUGUUGGAAAAGCCUAAAACAUCCUCCAGUAUGUUAACUGGACUGACCUCUUAUCCUUCUCUAUCGAGCAGUGUUGAGUCUAUUCAGAUGAAACCUCAAGACUAUUCGUCGUUGGAUUUAAGCUUCUUUAGCACUUCCAGCAACGAGGACCAGAAUGUGACCAUUUCUACCUCUUGUUUAAUCAGUGACGAAUAA